CUUUCAGCAUUUAGCUACAUACUCAUCCCCAUGGCUGGAAGAGGCAGGGGUCGUGGAAGGGGUCAGAUGACCUUCAACCUGGAGGACGUGGGCAUAGGAAGGGGAGACAGCCUUCCCCCCACCACAUUUAAGCCCUCACCCCUCUUCCCUGUGAGUGUGCACAUUGUAACACAGUCUGGACUCACCUUGCCACAAUUGCUUAUAGUGCUCUUGAGCAUCACGAAAUUAAAAGAAUGACAGUUAUAUAAUAUUGCUAGUAACGUAAUGGCUAAAUGUUUUGUUUUUCUCUUCUAGGCAUUUUUCUCUCUGAGGUACAUGUACAAUAUGAUUUGUAUGGACACUGUCUGGUUUAGACACAUUAUAUAGCCUACCAUCCAUUAAACGGGUUGCAGUAUUAUGAAGUACUGUAUGGUAAUUUAAAUGUAGUAACGUGUUUGCUUAGUGCUAGUGUUGUGGCGCUAUAACAACCCAGUCUCCUGAUCUGUUCUCUCUCUUUAACCUCAGCCCAUGCCAGCCCAGCCUGUGCCCCUGCAGACAGGAGAUGAGGUGGAGUACAUGCUGGCUCUGAAACAGGAGAUGAGGGUCGCCACCAAGACCCUGCCCUUCUACAUCAGACGGGCCGCUCCCAAAAGAGGUAGAGUAAGCGAUGCACAAAGCAAAUGGCAAUAUAAGGCCGAUUUCCACAACAACUAAGCGUGAGGCUAAACUGCUCUGCCGUUUUGGUCCCAUAGCUAUCACGUUGUAGCGAGUGGCGCAGUGGUCUAAGGCACUGCAUCGCAGUGCUAACUGUGCCACUAGAGAUCCUGGUUCGAAUCCAGGCUCUGUCGUAGCUGGCCGCGACCGGGAGACCCAUGGGGCGGCGCACAAUUGGCCAGCGUCGUCCAAGGUAGGGGAGGGUUUGGCCGGCAGGGAUGGCGUUUGCAAUGCCAGGGUUGUGGGUUCGAUUCCCAUGGGGGGCCAGUAUGAAAAAAAUUAUGUAUGCACUCACUAACUAUAAGUCGCUCUGGAUAAGAGCGUCUGCUAAAUGACUAAAAUGUAAAUGUAAAUGUAGCGAUUGAAGUGCACAUGCACUGAUACUCUAUGAUACUCGGUGAGUGCAUCGUCUUGCAUCGCGCUCAUCUGCAACAUCUGCGGUGCUGCUUGUGGCAACGUCAUAUCGCAGAGUCUCAGUUUAAGGGGUGGAGAAAUCAUAGAAUGUUAUUAACUGUGAUUGAGCUAGUUUCCAAAGUUAUGUGUGGUUAAUGUUAUUGGUAAACUUUUAAAUAAUGUUGCAAGCAUUUGUUAUGUCAUUUGUUGGCUUGAGUGAAGUGAAGUAGUUUUCACAUACAAACUUUGUCAUAAUCAAAUAGGCUUCCCAAAGAUUAUAUCAUCUCUGUGAUAGAAUGUUUAUUUUGAUUGGCAAAGUUCUACAUUUUUCAAAGUCCCAUUAGUAGCCUGAUUAUAAGCUGUCCAUGUAAGGGCAAAACAUGUAAAUGUUUAAAUCAAACUAUUAUAUUAAUCAGAGUAUUCACAAUAAUCGUAUUAUUGAAUGCAUGUAAAAGUACCCAAUUAUAAUGGCUGUUAUGUCAGACGAAUGGUAUGGUAUAGAAGGUUUUGCAAUUGAGUGUUCUACUUGUUUUCCCUGGCUGGUAUUAUAUGAAUAGGAAAUUGUCAGUUAUAAUCUCGCUGCUGUUUCCCUAGUAGAUGUCGAUCGCUAUUCUGAUAAGUACCAGAGUGGAGAGCCCAAGGACAGCACCAUCGAGUGGAGCCCAGGUGCGUGACGAUUGGCUGGGGCUGGUUUGUGGAUAUACUGGGGGUUAGAAUCUGCACCCAACUGAUCACAGAACAGUUGUCUCUUUUAUGAACUAUUUAGUUCCCUGUACCACUUACCUACUGCUAGUAUUCUUUAGUGGCAACCCCUAGCCAGACUGAGUCAGUCCUGUUUCUGAAGUGGUUUCUUUUGAUGCAGUGUUGGUAUAUGUCCAGCAGAUGGUGCCAGACAACAAAUCCAUUUCUGGUCUGAACUAGUCUGACUUUUAGUCUUGGGCUGGGUGUAAUUAUUCCACAGUUUGAAUGUGAUGCAUUUCUGGUGUGUUUUAUGUCAUGCGUAUUUUUCUAUGUUAACGUGUUUCUCUUUUUUUAUGGUUAUGUUUCAGACUGGAGCAGAUUGCCUAAAGAGCUUUGCAUUAAAGUGAGAAAACCUCAGGGUAAAAGUGAGUACUUUGUCUCAAGGACUUGUGUGUGGAAUUCAAACUUUGUGUAAGCCAUGUAUUGUUUUCAAUUAAGAGAUUUCUUUCUCAGAUACUCAAUCAGUGAAAUUUCAUUUACAUAUUUUCUUAGCUAUUUACUUUGGCCUUUGAAUCCCUUGCAAAACAUAUGCCACUAUUGAACCGAUUCCAACCCCUUCUGUCCAGGCCCUAACCAGGUUUUGAGUUUAAGUGAGGUCCGAAACAUUUACUGCAUUUCUAUACAAUAAAAAUAACGUUCAAAUGCUAUUUGGAGAACAGCAAAAAUGAUCCCAGCCAUUAUCACCUUGGCUGCUGUAGGUUCAUUUAACUCAGUUGAUCUACAAAUUCAUAGCCUAUUAGCUAUACAAUUGUAACAUUAUACCCCUGAAAGGGGGGAAAUAUGAGAAAUUAUUCACACUGACACAUAGCAUCAGCGACGAAACACAAACGUAUGACAUUUUUAGAACUGUAUACCCCCCCUACCUUGUCACAACACAACUGAUUGGCUCAAACGCAUUAAGAAGGAAAGAAAUUCCACAAAUUAACUUUUAAGAAGGCACACCUGUAAAUUGAAAUGCAUUCCAGGUGACUACCUCAUGAAGCUGGUUGAGAGAAUGCCAAGAGUGUGCAAAGCUGUCAUCAAGGCAAAGGGUGGCUAUUUGAAGAAUCUCAAAUAUAAAAUAUAUUUUGAUUUGUUUAAUACUUUUUUGGUUACUACAUGAUUCCAUAUGUGUUAUUUCAUAGUUUUGAUGUCUUCACUAUUAUUCUACAAUGUAGAAAAUAGUACAAAUAAAGAAAAACCCUUGAAUGAGUAGGUGUGUCCAAACUUUUGACUGGUACUGUAUAUGUGGCGGUCAGUGCCGUUUAUGAUGAGGGUGGACAUUAGCAUGAAAACAUUUGAGAUGACAGACAGUGACACAUGGACAACGAGUGACACAUCCAAUACCGCCUUGCACACUCUUUCAUAGCAGCACUCUCCUCCUCUCACCUUUUCCGUUUUUUGUGGACUUCAAUGAACAACACAUCAGCUGUAUGUGAACAGGCAAAUAAACCUUUCCAAGCCAAACUAUGUCAUAACCGCUACACACAGCCUACAUCGUUGUCCCCAUAUUAGCUAAAGUAACGUCCUAGUCAGCAUAGCUAAUAGAACUAAUGCGUUAGUAAACCCGCUACAAUCAUGCAGUAACGUUACAGUGUAUAGUCAGUAAGCAGUUACACCGGCGGGCCCCGGUGGCAAUACAUUUAUAAAACCAAAAGCUUACCUUGACUUGGAAGAGUUCCAGUGUUGUGUUGGAAAGUCAUAGCCAGCUAGCUAACAUAGUAUCCCUCUGUUUGAGCAGGGUGUUUGAGUAACUAAACUAGACAGCUGCAUUUGCUAGCUAAGUAAGUGAAAGUGAAAAAAUGACAUCUCUCUCUCUUGCUUCUCCUCAAAACCGUUCAACUAUUGUCGUUCUCUCAUUUUGAGUCAACUACUCACCAUAUUUUAUGCACUGCAGUGCUAGCUAGCUGUAGCUUAUGCUUUCAGUACUAGAUGAAAAUGUAUGCACUCACUAACUGUAAGUCACUCUGGAGAACAACGUCUGCUAAAUGACUAAAAAUGUAAAUGUAAAAUGUAGAUUCAUUCUCUGAUCCUUUGAUUGGGUGGACAACAUGUCAGUUCAUGCUACAAGAGCUCUGAUAGGUUGGAGGACAUUCUCCGGAAGUUGUCAAAAUUACUGUGUAGUCCUAUGGAAGGGGGUGAGAACCAAGAACCUCCUAAGUUUUGUAUUGAAGUCAAUGUACCAAGAGGAGGACGGAAGCUUGUGUUAUUUCAUAGUUUUGAUGUCUUCACUAUUAUUAUUAUUAUGUAGAAAAUAGUAGAAAAUAGAAAAACUCUGGAAUGAGUAGGUGUGUCCAAACUUUUGACUGGUACUGUAUAUCUAUAUUUUAAUAUAAAAUAUUUACGAAGACCUCAGUGUCCUCAUGUAGUUACAGCCGUGCUUCUGUCCUGCGCCAUUUGUUGCCAUGUCAGUUCUCCUUUUUUUAUUUACUUACUUUUGGGCUAACCUUCAUGUUCCAUUCUUCUCUUCUAGGACCUACAACUCAAGUUAAACGGCCAAAGAAACCUCUUGUGGGAAAAGAGGAGAUUCUCACCAAGCUAGAGGUAGGAUAUUACAGAAACGACUAACCUUUCUUCGAAAGGAGACUAGAGAUCAGAAAUAUAAACCUUUUAGUUACUCCAAAUUAGGGGCUCAUUUGCAUACACCCUGCCCUGGUUUUGAUGUUUCUUGGAAACUCACACUUCAGAAUCUCGAAAAGAAAGAAGAGGCGGUAAAUUCAGAGGAAGAGGAGGACGAGGAGAAAAAGAAGACGAACGAGGAAGAAGAACAGGCAGAUGAAGAGGACUAUGAGGAAGACUUUGAAGAGGUAAGGGGUAAUGGCGACUGAUAAGUCCCGUCACAUUUUGUACCUGUUCCCUCUUUGAACCUGAUUGUUAUGGUCAGGGAUUUAGUGGUAAAAAAUUUGUAAAAUGGCAGUUAAAUGCUAACGGCGCUCAUUUAUCGUAAUAGCUACUCAUACACUAUAUAAAAUCCCUACCUUCUCAUCAGAAGUCUGUUAGCUGGUAAUUGCCAUCUUUUGGUCGAUAAACGAAAAUAAAAACAUUGCCGGACACAUUGGCCAACAUAAAAUAUCCUGAUGAAAAUACAUAUAUUCUAUAAGUCACCAUGGCAAUGCAUGGAGAUUGGUUCAGGUUGUAUUUCAGUCAUCUGUCGACUGUUCCUGUUUGUCUUGAGCUAGCGCUCUAGCUAUCGAAUUUGCCACAUUCUAUCAAAUGGGUCCGGCCUUCAAAGUUUCCCGUGCCAUUGAGUUUGUGACAGACACUGCUGUAUUUACGCAGGCCAUAAGUGUUCUUUGAUGUUUUGCUAGAUUAAUCUCCCCAAAAGUGUACUGACAGAAAUGUCAUAGAAGUUCACAAAGGAGGAGUAUUUAGAUGAAGUAAGAUGCCUUCUUCCUCUAAUGUAUGGUUGAAUAGCUAUGUCAAACAUGCUAAAAACAGCGCAAAUCAAACUAGCUAGCUACUAUACCAAGGAGGCACAGACAAGUGGGAAAAUGAAGCGAGACUGAAAAAGAUGAUGUUGACAAGCCAGUGGACCGGGGGAGAUGUGCAUGGAGCCAUUGUUCACUUGGUAGGCUAUCAUUUCUCCUUGCAUAGCUCAAUAAUAAUUUGCAAUUGACUCGAUUCCACAUGUGGUGUCAAUCGGCAGUGGGCAGGCACUCUGGCAAAUUAAAAUCUGGUCUUACAUUUGACCGGCACAAGUUUUUCCUAACGGAAAUGCUGCUUCUCAUCUGUGUUCCAGGAUACCGACUACAUCAUGUCUUACUUUGAAAACGGAGAGGAGUUUGGAGGGGACAGUGACGACAACAUGGACGAAGCAACUUACUGAGAGACCGUAAGAGGCCUGAUAACACUGAAUAGACAAAACGAGACGGCCUUGAGUUAUCCUCCCUGCGGACGUAGUUAUAGUAUUCUAAUUACUUGUGGAGUCAUUGGCCAUGGGAACAAAAACAUUGACCGGUAUAGUAUAAAACAUGGAAAGAACAAUAUACUGCUAUCUGAUAAUUUAUGUCCAAGACAUGGAAGGUGGUGACUACUGGUGGAAACAGUGGCUCAAUGUAGACUUCUAGAGAGAAUACUCAGACAUUUUCUUAUUGUAUGUGGGGAUUUAAAGUGCCAAAGAUACUAACAAGUCAUACUGACUGUUCCCCUUUCUUCAGCUAUGUUGA